AUGGGGCCUGAGGGCAAGACCAAGUGCUCGUGCUGCGACCCAGAGCCAGGCCACUGGGCAGCCAGCAAUGACCCUGGGCAAGAGCAGCAUGGACAUCUCUGUCAGUGGCCCCAUGCCCUGCACCAGGACCGCGUGGAUGGGCAGAUCCUGGGCCAGCUGCGCCCCCUGACAGAGGAGGGUCAGGAGGAGGGGACAGAAGCCACCUUACCCGCAAGGCCUGCCUUCCCUGGGAUGGGCUCUGAGGAGCUGCGGCUGGCCUCCUUCUACGACUGGCCACUAGCCACUGGCAUUCAGCCCGAGCUCCUGGCCGCUGCAGGCUUCUUUCACACAGGCCAGCAGGACAAGGUGAGGUGCUUCUUCUGCUACGGGGGCCUCCAGAGCUGGGAGCACGGGGAUGACCCCUGGACUGAGCACGCCAAGUGGUUCCCCAGGUGCCAAUUCCUGCUCCAGUCCAAAGGCAGGAGCUUCGUCCACAGCGUCCAAGAAGCCUAUUCCCCUCUGCUCAGCUCCUGGGACCAAUGGGAAGAACCAGAAGAGGCAGCCCCUGCUGCAUCCUCUGCUCCUGUCCACGGAGGCCCUGUGCCACUCUCACCCAGGAGAGAGACCCAGCCUGAAGACAGCAGGGAGCCAGGAGCUGCAGACCUGCAGGAGCAGCUGAAGCGGCUGCAGGAGGAGAGGAGGUGCAAGGUGUGCCUGGACCACUCGGUGUCUGUUGUCUUCGUGCCAUGUGGCCACCUGGUCUGCACAGAGUGCGCCCCUAGCCUGCAAGUGUGCCCCAUCUGUAGGGCACCCAUCCGCAGCUGCGUGCGCACCUUCCUGUCCUAG